AUGUUAGAAAAUCCAUUUGAAAAAUUUCCACUAAAAUACAAUGUUUCAUCAGAUAAAUCAGACAUAGUUUUGGUAAAAUGCCCAAAUAAUGAAUACAAACACAAUGAAACUGAUGAUACAUUUGAAUCAGAACAAAAAAUUAAUUUAAUGUCAAGUAAUGCAGUAUUUAAAACUUUAAAAACUGAAUGGUUUGCUAUUUCAAAUAAUUAUUUAAGCUUGAACAAAACACCUUUUUCUUGUGGUGUAAUUAAACUUAAAAAGUUUCCUCAACUAUCUAUUUCUUGGAAUGCAUUUGUAACUUGGCCAAAAAUUUUAAAUCCACCAAACAAUAGUAGUAUUUUAGAUAUAAGAAAAAAAAUAAAUGAUGAAUGGUAUAAUAAAAGUGAAAUUUUUGUAAGAAAAAUAAAUGGAACAAUAUUAAAUUUUAAAAUAAAUAAAGAGAUUGAAUUUUAUAAAGGUGAUCGUAUUUGUGUAUUCAAUAAACCAGGUAAUAAUGAAGAAAUAUUGGAACCUGAAAAAUGUUUUGUUCUUGCUCAUGAUCUUCCACAUAUUGAUAUUGAAGUUAGCAAAGAGAGAAAAAUAAUUUUAAAGAAUAAUAUAUUUACAAAAAUUAUCACAAAUAAUGCAAUUGAAACAUUUAAUAUCAAACUUUUAAUUAAAGAAAAUAAUCACAAAAAUUUACAAUUUUAUAUGUAUGAGAAA